ACACAAACUCAAGUAUAACACUAUAACUGUAUACAAAAUAGGAGACGCCGACUGUCCGGACUCUUCGGAUGAGAAGCAUUGCGGCCACACAUGUAUGGCAUCGGAAUUCCUGUGUCAUAACCAGCAAUGUAUUAGCGCUUUGUGGCGAUGCGAUGGCGAAGACGAUUGCGGCGACAAUUCCGAUGAAGAUCGGGCCACGUGUUCGGCAAUGGCCUGUCCUCCCGGACGGUUCCGAUGCAAGAAUAAUAUAUGCAUUUCCAAUGACAGGGUUUGCGACGGAAAGAACUCGUGCGGCGACGGCAGCGAUGAGGAGAAAGAGUUCUGCGCUCAACACAAACACUGUCUGCCGAAUGAGUUCCAGUGCUCUAACAAACAGU